UAUCCGACAGUUUCAAGUCACAUUCCCCAACGAUACUGAAAAAGUAAAACAAAAAUUUGGUUUAUUAUACAAAUUCUCAUUUCAAUUUAACUCAAGUAAUGCCGCCCAAACGAAAGCUUGCUAAGCUGCAGCGUUUGUAUGAAGAGCGCUGGAGCUAUCCACCGAAGCUAAAGCCACCCAGGACCAAGAUUAUAGCCUGCGGCGAGGUUGCUUCGUAUGGCGGGUAUAAGGCGCCAGUGUACAAGGCCUGCUGGGAAAAUCCGAUCUCAGUUACCACUGAUGCACGCUUUGGACCGUGCUGGGAGUAUCCGCCGGAGCGAUACAAGCGUCGUCCAUUGCCGCCGCCUUGCCGCGGGGCUACCAUACCACUCGAUCAGCUGGAGCCCUCUUUCGACCACUGCGAGACGCUUUACACUAGCUUUGAUUUCCGACUGGAGCAGUGCGUUCAUGAACAGAUUCUUGUGCUAGAGACGCAGUUCAGGAAGCUGGAGGAACAGCUGGCGGGAGCCAAAGUCUUGCAGAUUGAAAUGGUGGAGAAAAUGCGCUAUCACGCCAUGCGCUACCGACUGCUGCGCGGCGAGAGUUGCUGCACCAAAAUCUAUCCCGAUUACCUGAGUCGAAUGACCGCUGAGCGAGCGCUGUGCGAAUUCCAGAAGGCCUACAAUGUGAUUAACCAAUCGAAUGACGAGCUAUCGAACAACUAUCUCUGUAAUGUGUGUAUCGCUGCCAAGCUGACUCGCAGUGACAGCAAAUUUAGCACGGAGUCCAGUGACACCUCCAGACUGGUGAAAAUGUCACAAAAAGUUGAAUAA